AGGUUCUUUGGUCCGGCCGCUGACUGCUUCUGAAGAUUAUUGGGGGCUGCCUCUUCUGCGCUAAGAGAAAAAAAAGGUCCUGGUUUCUGAGGAUUUCACAAGAAUCAGGUGUGACUGUGUUGUGUUGUCUGCUCCUGUCAAGAUGCUGAUCAACCUGCUUUCUGAGAUUCACAAGGAUAGCCGUCAGUGGACCAUAUGUGUUCUUGUUUCCCGCAUGUGGCACUACCGUGGAGGGACCGACGAGGGUCCUAUCAAACACACUGAUCUGGUUCUGAUUGAUGAGCAGGGAAGCCAUAUGUAUGGUCAGCUCCCUCCAGCCACGUCUGAGUGCCUCAAGGAUGUGCUGCAAGAGGGGAAGGUUUUUGUUAUCAGGAAAUUCCUGUGCAACUCGUCCAAGACAAAUUUCAGGCCUGUAGAGAGCCCUUUCAUGGUUCAGUUCACUAAGUUUACCAUUGUUGAGGAGAGGCCUGGGUUGGAAGAUGGUUAUCCAUUCUGCACCUACAACCUGACUUCGUUUGCUGAUAUCCCCGAUCGCAGUGGGCCUCCUACACGCUUCAUUGAUGUUAUUGGAAAGAUAUCUCGGACUUAG